AUGGAGUAUGUGGGCAGACAGGUGAAGAAGGAGUUCCAAGGCCACGUGACGAACUUCGGUUUGGUUCAGGCGUACGAACCGGCAACUGGGGUUUUCAAGAUCGUGUACGACGGUGGAGUUUCUGAAGAAUUGGAGCUCGCCGACGUUUCUUCUCUCAUGCUGUCCACCGAGUCUCCACCUCCUCCGCCGUCUGGGGCUCCGAUCAGGAAACGAGGCCGCCCAAAAAAGCGACGCUGCAUUGUGAAUGAAGGUAUGGAUAACUGUAAUCCCGAAAUUGAGAGUGGGGUUGGUGAGAAUUUGUUGGCUAGAGAGGCGGGCUCCGGGGUUUUUGAUUUGAAUUCGAAUAGAGGAUUGGAUUUGAAUGUUGAUGCGUUAAAUGCUAUCAGCAGCGAGGGAAACCUACGUGGCUUGGAUUUGAACGAGGGUGUGAAUUUGGAGUUGAAUGAGAAGUCUUGUCUGAAUAAUGUCGGUUGGAAUUCAGCAAAAGAAAUUAUUGAUCUGAAUUUGGAUGCAAGUGAAGAUUGUGAGAAAUUGACUGAUGGGAGAGAAGGGCAUUGCUUUGACCUGAAUUUACAGUUGACUGAUGAUGAGGUGAAGAAUAUGGAAGAAUGUGAGCCGCUAAAGGGAGCAAAUGAAAGCGUUCUUGCUGAAAGAAAUAUGCAAGUGAGUGCAGGUUUGUCGGAGCAUGAUAUCAAGGAAAAUGUAGUGAAUAUGGAUAGCAAAAAUCGUAGUGCGGUUAUAGAGAAAAAAGAAGAUAGCCCAGUGAGGAACUGUGUUUCUGGGGUCGAUAAUGGAAAUGUGGCUGCACAAAAGAAGAAAAGGGGUAGAAAGAGAAAAGAUGUUUCACUUGAUAAUAUUGAAGUAUCCACCCCAAAGCCACAAAAUGGGAAUGUGGAACCAGAGUUGGAUAGUGUGGAAGGAACUCCACUGAAAACAGGUGAUGAUUUGGUUGAUUAUGAAAAUGGAGUUUCGGGAAUUGUUACUAGAGGAAGAAGAGUUAAGAUAAGAAAGGUUUUAGAGAAUAUUGUUCCCUUGCCAACUCCAUCAACAGGAUUGAGAAGGAGCAGCCGUAGAGCAAAAAGAGAAACUUUGUCUGAUUCGGAUAAAGUCUCUAAUGCAGCAGACUUUGACGACAUUGAUCAAAAGUUGCCUCCUCCAGCGAUAAGUUUCAUGUCUCAAGAAAAGAAAAUGACAAAAUCUCGUCGGAAAGCUCCUUGUCCUGUUAUUCCGUCUCCUAAAGUGGAGCUGCCACAGUCUUCUUGCAAGCUGGACCUAGGCAGAGUCCCUGUGGUCGAUUUAAUUUCUGUUUAUGCAUUCUUGAGGUCAUUUAGCACUUUGUUAUUUUUAAGCCCCUUUGAAUUGGACGAUUUUGUGGUUAGUGUUAAAUGCACAAACUCGACAUUAUUAUUUGACUCGAUUCACGUUUCCCUUCUGAGAACUUUACGGAAGCAUCUUGAGUCACUCUCCAAUGAAGGUUCUGUGUCGGCAAUCAAUUGUCUUAGGUCUCUUAAUUGGGAUCUUCUCGACUUGAUCACAUGGCCGAUGUUUACAGUUGAGUAUCUAUUACUGCACAGCCCUGGGCAUAUUCCUGGCUUAGAUCGUUGUCACUUGAAGAUUCUUCUGAAUGACUAUUACAAACUGCCCGUCUCAGCAAAAGUCGAGAUACUGCGACAUCUUUGUGAUGAUGUUGUUGAAGUUGAGGCAGUUAGGUUAGAACUGAGCAGAAGGACGUCGGCAACAGAAUACCACAUGGGUUUGGCCCGUGAUGUGAAAUUUGAGAGUUCUAGUAAAAGAAAGCCUGCCAUGGAUGUUGCUAACACGUCUUGUGUCACGGAAGAGAAUGCUGAGGAACCUGCAGAUUGGAAUAGUGAUGAAUGUUGCCUUUGUAAGAUGGAUGGGAGCUUGAUAUGCUGUGAUGGUUGCCCUGCAGCAUUUCAUUCGAGGUGUGUAGGUGUUCUCAGCAGCCUUUUACCUGAGGGAGACUGGUAUUGUCCUGAAUGUGCCAUCGAGAAGAAUAAGCCUUGGAUGAAAGUGGGAAAGUCAAUCCGAGGAGCACAACUUUUGGGAAGUGAUAUUUAUGGACGGAUAUUUUAUAGUAGCUGCGGUUACCUGUUGGUGUUGGAGUCAUGCAAUGAAGAAUAUUCGUUUUGUUGCUACAAUAGAAAUGACUUGCCUGCCCUUAUCGAAGCUCUGGAGUCAGCCCCAUUUGCUUAUGACUCUAUUAUAAGUGCGAUACGUGAGCAUUGGAAUGUAGUUCGUGAAGAAGGUGGGCCCAAAAAUGAUUUUGACUCGCGUUCAAGUUCUGUAAAGUCAACUUUUCCUGAAAAAGGGCAACUGCAAAGUAUAGAUAUGGCACCAUCAGAAUUUCUUAACAAGAAUGAGUUUUUUGCUGAAAAGAGGUCUGAUGAAAAGUCCGUGGCGAGUACUGGAACUACUUUUUCCAAUAAUGCAGAACUUGAUAAUGCAAAGAAUGGAAUAUCCAUGCUGGAGAGUGACAACAAUGUAUUGAAAAUGGAAAAUCAUGUGGCAAGUUCUGAAGGGUCAAAUGAUGUAAUGCAGACAUUCUCAAAUACAGAUACCUCAAAGGCAAACGGUCCUCCUGAUUCUUCUAUAAGAGAGCCUGAAAGUAACAAUUGUCAUAUUCUUGGGAAGCUUGUGGAUGGUGGAGAUCAUCACAUGACUUUGACCUCUGUAAAUGUAGAAAAAGUGAAGAAUCUUCAUUCAGAAAAUCAUGGUUAUGCACCCGACAGUAUAAGCUCCGAAGUGUUGUCUCCAGUGCAUUGCCGGAGGAAAUAUGUCAACCAUUAUGAGUUAGCUCGAACAGCGUCAUCAUUUUAUGAAGAAUUCACUAGUAAAUCAUCUGGCAAGACCUCUGAAGCUACCCUAAAAACUGUUGAAGAAAUUAUAGCAGGGCAGGUGAAGGUUGUAUUGAACAGAUUUGCCGAGUUCUCUUGGUCGAAUAUUCAGAAAUCUAAUGUCAAAUCCAGGAAGGAAAGAUGUGGGUGGUGCUUCUUUUGCAGGUUUCCUGAAGAUGAAAGGGACUGCUUAUUUAUCAUGAAUGAUGCUAUUCCAGCUGUAGAGAAUUUUACAUGUGAGAUUUUAGGAAUUCAGUCUGGAGAGAGGAACAACCAUAUUCUUGACAUCAUGUGCCAUAUCAUAUGCUUGGAAGGUCAUCUGCAGGGUCUUCUUUUAGGCUCAUGGUUAAAGCCAAAUUACUCCUUGCUAUGGCGCAAAAGUGUUCUUGAAGUGGUCGAUUUGGCUCCGCUCAAGAUGCUGCUGCUCAAGCUUGAGUCGAAUUUGCAUCAUCUAGCAAUUUCUGAUGACUGGCGAAAGCAUGUCGAUUCUGUUGUUACAGUGGGCUCUGCUUCUCAUAUUAUCAGCAGUUCUGCUCGCGCAUCCCCAAAUCAUGGCGCUGGCAGGAAGAAGGCUAAGUCUUCUGAGGUGGGGAUUACCCCAUCUUCAAAUGCCGCCACUGGACUUAGUUUAUUCUGGUGGAGAGGUGGAAGGGGUUCGCGUAUGCUAUUUAGUUGGAAGGUUUUACCUCAUACUCUGGUUUCUAAGGCUGCCCGACAAGGUGGAGGCAAGAAGAUACCUGGUGUACUAUACCCCGAGAUUGGAGAAUAUGCCAAGCGUACUAAAUCUGCUUCUUGGAGAGCUGCAGUUGAGACAUCAACAAGUGUGGAGCAGCUGGCACUCCAGAUCAGGGAGCUCGACGCAAAUAUUAGAUGGAAUGAUAUUAGGAAGUCUAACCUUAUCAUAGACACAGACAUAAAAAAACCUGUCAAGUCAUUUAAAAAGGUUAUAAUCCGUAGGAAAUGCUCUGAGGGAUCAGUGGUCAGGUAUCUUUUGGAUUUUGGCAAAAGAAGAUUCAUCCCUGAUGUAGUUCUGAAACAUGGAACCAUGUUUGAAGACUCCUCAAAUGAAAGGAAGAGAUAUUGGCUGGAAGAAUCUCAUGUGCCAUUGCAUCUCUUGAAAUCCUUCGAGGAGAAAAGAGUUGCUCGUAAAUCUAAUAAGAUGAAUUCUGGGGAACUUCAUGAGAGCAGGGGAAUAAUGAGGAAGCCUGUCGAGAAAAAAGGAUUCGAAUAUCUCUUCUUGAAAGCUGAGAGACCAGAGAUUUAUCAGUGUGGGCAUUGUAAGAAAAAUGUUCUAGUCAGGGAGGCUGUUAGCUGCCAGCAUUGUAAAGGUAUACACCUCAAUUUGCUAAGGCUUUUCUAUUGUGUUGGUCUUGGUAUUUUCUUGUGA